AUGAGCAAUAGAAAAUCAACAACAACUAACAAAUAUGAUGGUGCAAUGAAGACAUUUUCUUUUGCAGAAGAUGCAGAACGUCGUCAACAUAUCAAUAUUCAAAACAUGCAAAAUGUUCUUCUUAUUUGGUUAGACAAUAACAUUGACGAGACAAAUGAUGAUUGCCAAAAUACAAUCAAACAACUGCGACGGGCUAUCAAAGACAUUAAAACAUUUACAGAUGGUGAUCAAUGUUUGGAAUUCAUUCAAACAAUCAUUAAUAAAAAAGCAUGUAUGGUUAUAUCUGGAUCACUUGGAGAACAUAUCGUACCACGUGUGCACAAUAUGUCUCAAAUAGAUUCAAUUUUCAUUUUUUGUGGCAACCAAAAACAUCAUGAACAAUGGGCUACAGACUGGUCCAAAAUAAAAGGUGUCUUCACAGAUAUUACAUCCAUCUGUGAAGCACUCAAGAAAGCUGCUCAUCAAUGUGAGCAGAAUGCCAUUCCCAUGAGUUUCGUGGGAACAAAUAAAAAUUUGGAUCAGUUAGAUCCUUCUUUCAUGUAUACUCAAAUCAUCAAAGACAUAUUACUCAGCAUACAAUUUGACCAAAAACACAUUCAAGAUUACCUUAAUUACUGUCGUGAUAUUUUUGUUGACGAUGAAGAAGAAAUGGUUCAUAUUAAACAAUUUGAAGAUGAAUAUCACGACGAACCACCAAUUUUUUGGUACAGCUGUGAUAUGUUCCUCUAUCCCAUGAUCAAUCGUGCAUUACGAUUGUUGGAUGGUGAUAUCAUUACACGGAUGGGCUUCUUCAUUGGUGAUUUGCAUAGAAAUAUUGAACAACUACACAAGGAACAAUAUGCUGGUAAAACUGCUGCUGACACCUUUACCCUUUAUCGUGGACAAGGUUUAUCUAAAAAGGAUUUUGAGCAACUGAUGAAAACUAAAGGUGGUCUUGUUUCAUUUAACUAUUUUCUAUCUACCAGUAAGAACAUCGAAGUUUCACUAGAUUUUGCACAAAAAGCAACAAAAAAUCCAGAUCAAGUGGGAGUUCUUUUCAUCAUUCAGAUUAAUUCUGCUCAAUCAACAACACCCUUUGCUUCUAUUGCAAGCAUCAGCGCUAUGAAAGAAGAAAAUGAAGUCUUAUUUUCGAUGCAUAGCGUGUUUCGGAUCCAGGAUAUCAAACAGAUGGAACCAAAUAAUAGUUUGUAUGAAGUUAACUUGACACUUACUAGUGAUAAUGACCCAGAACUGAACAAACUUACUGAUUACAUUCGACAACACACUUAUCCAGACCAUGAUGGAUGGUACCGAUUGGGAUUGGUACUAGGUCAAAUGGGUCAAUAUGACAAAGCAGAAACUAUUUUUCAAAUUUUACUUGAUCAAAAAGAGGAUGAUGAACAUAAGGCGUCUAUUUAUCGUCAACUCGGUAUAAUCAAAGCCUAUCAAGGAAAAUAUCUAGAGGCACUUACAUUCCAUGAACAAGCACUUGGUAUCGAUCAAAAAACUCUUCCUCCGAAUCUUCCCCGUUUGGCUGGUUUAUACUGCAAUAUCGGUAAUGUGCACAACCACAUGGGUAAUUAUCUGAAGGCACUCUCGUUUCACGAAAAAGCCCUUGAAACACGACAAGAAUCACUUUCUGCCACUGAUCCUGAUUGGGCUGGUUCCUACAGCCACAUUGGUGAUGUGCAUGCCAACAUGGGUGAUUAUCCAAAAGCACUUUCAUCUUAUACAAAAGCCCUUGAAAUAAGUCAAGAGUCGCUACCUUCCAAUCAUCCUAAUUUGGGUCAAACCUACAACAACAUUGGUACACUGCAUGCCAAGAUGAGUAACUAUCCAGAAGCACUUUCAUCGUUUGAAAAAGCCCUUGAAAUUAAACAACAGUCACUUCCUCCCAAUCAUCCUGAUUUAGCUUUUCCCUACGAUAACAUUGGUAAUGUGCACGCCCAUAUGGGUAAUUACUCCGAAGCGCUCUCAUCUUAUACAAAAGCCCUUGAAAUUCAACAGCAAUCACUUUCUCCCAAUCAUCCUAAUUUGGCUGGUCCCUACAACAACAUUGGUACACUACAUGGCAGUACGGGUAACUAUCCGGAAGCACUUUCAUCGUUUGAAAAAGCCCUUGAAAUAAGUCAACAGUCACUUCCUUCCAAUCAUCCUGAUUUGGCUGGUCCCUACGACAACAUUGGUCAUGUGCAUGCUAACAUGGGUGAUUAUCCAAAAGCACUCUCGUUUCACGAAAAAGCCCUUGGCAUCCGACAAGAAUCACUUCCUUCCAAUCAUCCUGAUUUGGCUGCGACCUACAGCAACAUUGGUAUAGCGCAUGACAGAAUGGGUAAUUAUCCAGAAGCACUCUCGUUUCACAAAAAAGCCCUUGACAUCCGACAAGAAUCACUUCCUUCCAAUCAUCUUGAUUUGGCUGCGACCUACAGCAACAUUGGUAUAGUGCAUGACAGAAUGGGUAAUUAUCCCGAAGCAAUCUCAUUUUACGAAAAAGCCCUUGACAUCCGACAGCAGUCACUUCCUUCAAAUCAUCUUGAUUUGGCUUAUUCCUACGGGGAUAUUGGCAAUGUCUAUCGCAACAUGGGUAAUUAUCCAAAAGGACUUUCAUCUAAUGAAAAAGCCCUAGAAAUACUACAACAAUCGCUUUCUCCCAAUCAUCCUGAUUUGGCUGGUUCCUACUACAACAUUGGUAAUGUGCACGCCGAUAUGGGUAAUUAUUCCGAAGCACUUUCAUCGUUUGAAAAAGCCCUUGAAAUUCGACAGCAAUCACUUCCUCCCAAUCAUCAUGAUUUGGCUGGUUCAUACAACAACAUUGGUAAUGUGCAUGGCAAGAUGGGUAAUUAUCCCGAAGCACUCUCAUUUCACGAAAAAGCCCUUGAAAUAAGGCAACAAUCACUUCCACCCAGUCAUCCCCAUUUGGCUUAUUCCUACGGGGAUAUUGGCAAUGUCUAUCGCAGCAUGGGUAAUUAUCCAAAAGGACUUUCAUCUAAUGAAAAAGCCCUGGAAAUACUACAACAAACGCUUCCUUCCAAUCAUCCUGAUUUGGGUCAAACCUACAACAACAUUGGUGAAGUACAUAACGAUAUGGGUAAUUAUCCAGAAGCUCUUUCAUUUCACGAAAAAGCCCUUGAUAUUCGACAACAAUCACUUCCUCCUAAUCAUCCUGAUGUGGCUGAGUCCUACAAUAGCACUGGUAACGUGCAUAGGAACAUGGGCAAUUACUCUAAAGCCUGUAUUUUUUAUGAACAUGCUAUACAAAUCGGAGAACAAUCAUUACCUUCAAGUCAUCCGGAUCUUCAAAAGUAUAGAAAUAAUCUCGAAGAUGCAAAAAACAAAUAA